GUGAAAGAUCAAAAAUCACUUUCAAGACGCAAAGAUCGAUUAAAGAAGUGUAAACAAUCACAAAAAGGGAUACAAGAGGAACACUCAGAUCAAAAACAAUCAAAAUCAUCUACAAGGCAAUUUGUACUGAGAGUGGAAGAAAAUGGUGAGGAUCCACUAUUAUGAAGGUCUUAACAAAAUCUUUGUACUUAACCCGAAAACUGUGAUCACAAGAAAGCAUUUGAAAGCCUACUAUAUUGCUGUCCGUUAAGAAAAGGGUUCCUGUUAGCUAACAGAUAGACUCUGGUUCUGCAUGUAGCAUUCUCCCUGUGCGGAAUGUGUACAAAGACAUCAGUGGAUUCUAUAAUCUCAAUGCAAACAAGCCUGCUCUUUCUCACUAUUAUAAAGAAACCAUAUAAAUUUAGACACUGGGAACCAGAAAAGUCUUUGUCAGGAGUAAAUCCUGAAACCAAUGAAGAAGUGAUUAUUCAGUUUAGAAUUGUUGAAUGAGACCUAGCAACCCUUAUUGGCCUGAACGACUAUGAAACGCUCAGACUCAUUGAGGUUUUACGGAGAUCUAGAACAUGCAGCUAAACCCCCUAACUGCUAGUGAAUUGUGCCAACAUCACUCCCCUUGAAGACCGUUCUGACCGGACGACUACCCUCAAGUCUUUGGUGACAUUAUAGGAAAGUUUGACGGCGAACUACCCCUGUACACGAGUAAUAAUGUGAUUCCACACAAAAGAGCUCUAAGAGAGAUCCCUCUGUGUAUUAAGAAACAAUUUUGUUGCUAAAGUAAAAGACUUCCAACAGCAAGGUACACUUGAGAAAGUGAUUGAGCCCACUGAAUGGGUAAGUGCUCCUACAGUUGUAAACUGCAAACCUUCUGCUAAGAAAUGGAAUUAGACUCUGCAUAGGCAGUAGACCACUGAACAUCGCACUCAAACGAUAUGAGUAUCCAAACUCAGCUGUUGAUCAUUUGUUUACAGAAAUAGCAAUUCAAUUCAAUUCAAUUUUUAUUCACACUUUUAUAAAAUAUUUACAUUAUAUAUAGUAAGGUAGGAAUACACUAAUAAAGGAGAAGAAGAAGGAAAAAAGAAAAUUAAUGGCUUGGAUAGAAGUGUACGGUGGUAAGAGGAGCUUAGCUUUCGAGCUAACCACGGCUAUAUUAUGAGUGAAAAUGCAGAAUAAAUGUGCGCUUGGUGCCAUGGCAACUAUGGACGAUUAUGUCAGCAGUCAUUUUAUGUGAAACAGUCAUAUUACAUUGUUACCUUUGAGAGUUAACUAGAAUUCGCUUGUAUUCUGUUUUGAACUUAUGGUAGCUAAGUGUUUUAUCUUAGUAGGAAUCUCUUCCCAAGUUUUGGUUAUGUCAAACUUAAAUAUGUGUUUGCGAUAAUUUGACCUUACUCGUGGUACAGAUUUAAAGCAUAUCUGGUAUUGUGUGAAUUAAUAUCAGAUACCUUUACGAGGUAGUUUUCAAACACUUCGGGGACAUUGGCUUCAGUUUGUGAGAUUUUGUGAGCUAGCAAGCAGAUUUUAAGUUUAAAAAUGCUAUCUUUGUCACGGCAAUGCUAACUAAAGUAUUUUCUUUAGCUGAUAUCAAGACUGCCUUUUCGGGUCUGUAUCAUUAGCUGAAUGCCGCCCUUUGGCAUCAGUGUAGCACCUGAAGAAUUUCAGAGAAUAAUUGAUGAGCAUCUAGGGGGAUUGGGAGGUGUAAAGGCUAUAGUCGAUGACAUGUUGAUCUGGGGUGAUGAUGACAGCUUUGAAGAGGCAACAGCUAGCCAUGCCAGCGGAAGAAUAUUAAACUUAAUAAGGAGACAUGCAUAUGGGUGUGGCCCUAGCAGACAAAGGAUAUAUACCUGACCACCCAAAACAAGAUUGUAUUGUGUCCAUACCCGCCGCAACCGACAACGAUGAAUUGAGAGGACUACUUGGUAAUGUUACCUACCUCUCACGAUUUGCAGAAGAUUUUUUAACGAAGUCAGAACCACUGAGAGCUCUGCUGAAGAACAGCAAUGCGUUUAUCUGGGAAUAAAAUAAACAGAAAGCCUUGAUGAAAUAAAGACCCUCAUUUUAAACCCACCACUGCUGAAAUACUUCGAAGUGGGUGAACAAGUGGAUUAGGAGCCUCAGCGGUACUGCAUGCGAAAGAUCCUGAUUACCAACUGAAAUUGCGCAUAUGGGCAAAGAUUCAACCCUUAGGCGUGCCAGAACAUCUUUAUGAUGACCAGGGAUGAACAAGCAACUGAAGCAGUUAAUUGAUAUAUGUGAAGUCUGCAACGCUUUCCAUACUAAGAACCAACAGACCCUGGUCAAAAUUUGGGUCUGAUAUUUUUUAGUGGUUCACUAUCUGGUUUUAGUUCACUAUGGACAUGUCAUCGCCUUGCCCCAAGGGUAGGACCCCUGGCAAACCAGCUGCUGGAGAAUAUGUCGGGGAAUCCUUCUCAACCUUUGUGAAAUCUAGUGAUUUCUCGGAACAAAUCGCAGAGGAGGAGGCAGCUUGGCCGAGUGGUUAGGCGCUGGACUUUCAAUUCGGAGGUGCCGAGUUCAAGUCCCGCCCUGACCGCUAGCUGGAUUUGUUCAAGGUAGUCCCGAGUUCAAAUACUCGACCACGCUUGUUAAUAGCCAGCUGGUUUGCCUCCUGCCAGUUGGGAUUGUUAACCAGUAAUGUUUGAUUUUAAUUAUUUGUUACAGUCAUUUGCUCGACCCCACUAGCAUAAGUGCUAUAAAUUAAUACUACCGAGGGUAAAUAAAGAAAUUAUUAUUAUUAUUAUUAUUAUUGUUUGCUAUUAUAGAAACAUUAGCGAGAAAACGUGCCCAGCAUACUUAUCAGUUGUGGCACGUGCGCUAUGGAUACGUUAAAGUACAGUUCCUAUAUUCCUGUUCCUGUCGUCGAUAAAAUUCGGAAAACUAAGGAAAUAUAAUGAAUAACUGUAGUACUUAAUAAAUGUAAAUUUAUUACUAUUAGCCAGUUGUAAAGAGAUUUUCCUUCGAAUCUAAAUCCGUUGCUCAUUUUCAUUAAACUGGGGAGAGUAUUAAUUUCCUGUCCUUCUCUGUUACUUCAUUUUGCAGAGUAUUCCAAUAACAUAAACCAAAAAAAAAACGAGAUAAAUACAAAGCAGCAAAGAGCCAGGAAAUCACUGGAUGAAUUUGUCAGAGAGAUUGACGUCAGUUGCCAAAAAGGUAGGGAGAGGAACAUCCUCAGAGAAAACAUUCGCCGUUACUUGGUCUUCGAGGAUGGGAGAAAGACUCAAAUAAGUUAAAAGGAGGGUUUGCAAGACACGUAUUUUUUAGUUAAUUAAUCAUUUGAUAACUACCAUACAAAGGGAAAUGCCUUAGUGAAUUGUCUCUUUGAAAGAGCGCAUUUUUAACAUUUUGUCAUCUUUCAUAUUUUUGCUUAUAUCGACUUAAGGGCAAAAAAAUGUUAAAAUUGAGAAGUUUAAGUUAUAGCUUACGAAGGAGCAAGAGGAAUAAGUUCCUUCUCAAACAAUGCAGUUAAAUUAGGGGCCAACCGAAUAUGUCCUAGUGCAGAAGGGAAAACGUUAUCAUCAUCAGUCGUAAAUGUUUCAAGGGGUUCAUUUACAGUACAUCGGUGCGAAUUUCCGCACUGCGUGAAGGAUUUUCGAACUAGAGAAAGGUUUGCUGCGAUUCGAUCAAGGAAGAUCAACUUUCAUUUAUGAUUUUCACAUUCCCUUGUCGAAAUGAUUAUUGAAACUGGAAUGUAUGGAACUGUAUAGCAUGUCUUUGCUUUGAGUUAUCAUUAUUAUUAUUUUUUACUCUUUUGUGUUGAAUCCGAUGUUACCCUCGUUUUACAUCGCUCGCGGGUAUUACAGGUUCUCACAUCGAGGAUGAGCCAAUUUUAGAUGCAUUUCUAGCCAGUUCGGAAGAAGCGUAAAUCCAAUUUGCAUGUUUAUGCCUGUACUCAACAAUCCCUUGUCUAAACCCAGCUUCGCGGUACCUGGCGUCAAAAAUUGUACUUCAAUGUUAGGCCCCAUUUUUAAGGAAAAAGUUGUCCCGGAAAAGUUGGUCACUAUCCUAACCAAGUCAACUUUAGCGAGCAUUUACAUGAGAAAAAAAGUUGACUCCUUUUCACGAGCCAACAAUGCUCGCGCUCGUGUUCUUUUUGUCCAAAACAGCGCUCGCGCAUGCUCUGAUUGUCUCGCCUUGACCAAGUUGACCCGGCCGGGCUAGCCAAAGUGUUUUUAUGGAGGAAAGUUGGCCCGGUUAGGUGGGCGACCCUGUCAACGAAAAAGAGUGAAACAACUAGCGCGGCAAGUAGACCCUUCCAUAGCCAAGCCAACUUUUGUUUGCCAUGUUAACGGUUUACCAAGUUUUCUAAGGAGAUGGACACGAAACGUCGGAAAGUUGGUUCACGCCCAGGGUAACUCGGGUAGGCGAGUGACCCUUCUUCGCGGGACAACUUUUCUCAAUAUAAACGGGACCUUAGGUUCGUAUGCUUUUCAGAAGUACGUUGAAUCGAUUAAGCAUAAAAAGAUUAAUUUAUAACAUUAAGAUUCAUUAAUUGCUUCUUGUCAAUUUAGAAAUAACAUGCAACUUUGAUGUAUCAAUGUGCGGCUUCGAGCCAGGCAAAGAUAGGGCGCUUGACUGGACUCGACACAGGGGAAGCACAUCUUCCAGUAAAGGACCUUCCUUUGAUCACACCACUGGAAGCAUGACAGGUGAACUCUAAACUGAUUAAAUUACAGCUAGCCAGACUUACUAUUAGCAGAGACAGUUACAGUUAUGCAGAGUAUCCAGUCGUCAAAUUAAAGACAAAAAGAAAACUAAACUCAGUAUUUUUUUUAAGCUUUCAAAUCUAAUCCAAAUUUCGCACUAUCCUGGGUUAUCUUCACCCAGCUUUGAACAACCCAGCCCAAGUGUAUUAAAUAUAGGCAAGACUAUCCUCUUUCCUUUCUCAUUCUAAAAGCAACAUAAAUGACGUGACUGCCUUUAAAACUUUAAAACCAAAAGAAAAAAUAGAAACGUUCCUCUUCAUUUGGAGUCAACCAAGAGAGAAUAAUGGAACAUUGUUCUUUCUGGAGUCAACACAGUGGAAAACAAUAAUAACAGUUAGAACAAUAUAAUAAAUCAGUUAAUCAAUCAACCGAGCGCUUUUAUUAAUUAUAUAAAAUGACGCUUAAAAAUGAAUUACCACACCUGCAUGCCUGAUAAAAUAUAUUUUGCCGUUUUCUUUUUAGGCGCUCAUAAAUCGGUCUCUGUCGGUGCAUUUGAUUGAGGUCGCGCAGGAAUUUAAUUUAUUCUCUUUUCAUACCUUAUCUCCAUAUAGGGCUUUUUCACUCACGUGGUCAUAUUCAAACUUUUUACGAAAAAAGAAAGCGUUUACACCAACAUGGCCGUUGUGACGUCAUGUGAAAGGCUUUAGGCACGACUGAGGCCCGCAGGGCAGAGAAAAAGUAUUUUCGAGACCGGCGGCUACCUUUAUUCUUGGGGUCUGGUAUACAAUGAAAUAUGCUGUUAUCCAAUUAAUAUUCAGAUGCAUGUAGCUCUUUCUGUAGCUCUUGCUAAACUCUGGAAAGGAGUCUAAACACUUUAGUUUUUCUUUUUCAAAAGGCAUUUCAAGCUGAUCAUUCUAUCUCACUUACGUUGCACUUACGAGGUCAGAAAACUGUUUUAGCAGUUGCUUACAAACUUGGAAAAAUCUUACACUAGGUCUACUGAAAAUUGUUUUAGUAGGCACACUGCACUGGUUAGUCAUUCCUCAACUUAAAAUGGUUAGUUGUAAGUUGCUACCCUCAGCUCUAUCCAUCUUUUUCUCUUUAAAGGUUAUUACAUGUACAUAGAAGCGUCCAGUCCACAUCAACCAGGUGAUGAUGCAAACUUGUGCAGUCCUCCGCUGAAAUUCUUUGGGAUUAUGUGCCUUGAAUUCUAUUACUAUAUGUCUGGUGGAACUAAUGCAAGCCUGAACGUUACCAUAAAUGAAACAGUAGUGUUCUCUGCGAGUGGUGAUAAAGGAGACAUAUGGCAUAAAGCUAGUAUAAAUAUAUCCUCUAUCGUGGGAUUGCACUGGGUAAGCAUUGAUGAGACCAUCAAGACGGUCUGAAAACGGUUUUCUCUAAACGCAGUAGAAAUUAAGACAAUGAUUUUAAGCGGCAUAAGGCAGGAAUCUUUGUCCACCUUUUGAAAAAUUUCGACAGGCUAAAUUUCCUUAAAUCUUACUUUAGACGGACUGUCUCUAUUUAUCAGCAAAACAAGUAAAAGUAUAAUACUUCAUCUUACCAUUAACUAUAAAUUAAACACAUACAAAAUGUAAUAAUAACAAUAAUAAUAAUAAAUUAUUUAUUUCUAUAGCGCAUUUUCCAACGCCCAAAUGCGCUUUACAGUGUCAAAUAUAUUAUAAUCUAUACGAAAAAAAAGAAAAAAAAUUGAAAGUCUAUAAAUAUGCUUGUCGAAAAAAGACACCGUUAUGACGACAUCAUAAUGGGAUUUUAUGACAAGGCAUUUGAUAAUGGUUUGCAGGCCAAGGUGGCAGAUUCCAAGCCUAUCUUAUUUCCAGCCAAUCAGAAUUGAGGGCGUUCCGGACUGUAUCAUUCUUAGGGGCGCUUUUCCAUGUGCUCGCCCCCUUUCGAUCGCUCACCAUCACGUUGUUCACAUCGCUGGUUUAAACCAAUUUUCAGCAUUUUGACCUCGCUCAGUCGUCAGAAAUCUUGUGAUGUCAGGUUACCGAUAUCUAAACCUAUCUUGCAUGACCUCGUAAGCUCUCUCCAGCACACCAACUCUUCGGCAGUACAGCGUAUACUUUUUUCAGCCAUGUUUCUCACAGCUUUCUAUGGUUUCUUUCGCAUCGAUGAACUAGCGGUCAGGAGCGCGUGUCACACUACCGUAAUUUCGUACGAUAACAUCCGAUUCCUCGCAUCCGGUGAGAAAAUCCACUCUAUUAAGAUCACAAUCACCCAUUUCAAACAUAAUACAAGCAAUCGCCCUUUUGACAUUGUUAUUCCUGGUGAUGAAUCUUCACCGUUUUGUCCUGUGAAGUUUAUACUCCGGUAUUGCAAUCUUCGGGGUAACAAGCCCGGUCCCCUCUUCUGCUAUGCAGACAAUACACCCAUUAUGGUUAAUCAAUUUAACACCGAACUUAGGCGCUGCUUAAAUUUCUGUGGUUUGAAUGCUCAGCGCUAUAAGAGUCACAGCUUUCGCAUCGGCGCAGCCUGUCUCGCAGCAGACAAAGGUUUUUCUGACGCCCAGAUUCGCGCUCUUGGCGGAUGGAAGUCUGAUGCCUUUAAACUUUACAUUCGUAAUUCUACAUUACAAGGAAUUUAAUUUGGUAUGGGUCAGACAUGGGCUGCCAUGCGUCUUGUCUGUCAUAUGUAGAACUUUUCGCUCCACUCAGGGGCUCUUCUACCUAAUUGGUGGUCACGCAAGGGCUGCACCAUGACGUGUUUGAAGUACUUUAUAAAAUCGUAACAUUUCACAAUGCCGCGUGUGUAUGCGAUGAUGGUCAGACAGGGGCUGCAUCAUCUCAUACAAGGACUCUGCAGUGCGUUUCUUCAUUGCAGAGUCUGUCUCGAUCUGUCUGUCUUCGAUCGCUCACCAUCACGUUGUUCACAUCGCUGGUUUAAACCAAUUCUCAGCAUUUUCCACCACCUCCCCUUCCGCCUGCCUCCGAAUUAAUUCCUAGUGUGUUCUUCUUUCUUGUCUCAGUGGAUGGCGGUUUUUUCCCCCACCUUUGCUGAAGAGAUAUUUAGUUUAUUAUAUAUUGGCAGAUCUUGAAAAUAAAGUUCGUCACCUUUCCACCGGUUUAAAAGUCCAACCAAAUCCGACUCUGUGUUUAUCUCCUCAGCAAACAAGUGCGCUGCCACACAGAGCCCUUGGUAACGUAAUGCAAGGUUUUCAGCGCCAUUCUUACCGAAAAAAUUGCUUGAUAUAAAAGAUAGGUCUUAAGCUUAGCUUGAAAGAUAGAGACAGAUGCGCUGCUUUCAAUCUCAAAUGGAAGCGAGUUCCAGAGGUAAGGCGCGCACACUGAGAAAGCCCUCAAGCCAAUCAACUUGAGCUUGUGCGUUGGCUGCUCCAGUAGAAGUUGGUCAGCGGACCAAUGUAAGUUAUAUAUCACUCGAAAGUUCGUAAAUGCAAAGAAAAAUAUCACUUAACGUUUCAAUUAAAGCGGAUGUGCUUGCUCUUUGUUUGUUUGUUUGUCGGUUUGUUUCAUUCUUUGAAAUUGUAAUUAAGUCAGUGAUUUUUCACUAUUUUUUUUCAACAGUUCUUUUAACUUUCCACUUAAUUUUUCAUUUCUGCAAUAUUAAUUUGUCUUUAAAGUCCAUCAUAAAAGCGACCCUUCUAGACUGAUUACACUUGUAAUUAAAACCUUGUUUUUGAUAGGUAACAUUUGAAGGCGUAGUAGGAAGCAGUAUCACUGGUGACAUAGCAAUUGAUGACUUCUUCUUUACAGGGGGGUCUUGUCCUUAU